CCGCGGUCUACGGAGGGUGGCGGAGUUCUUCAGGCAGCUGCCGUCACCGGCCAGCCGGAGAGAACGGAGCGGGAGCGGCGCCCGGUAACUAACCGCUUUCCACAUUCUGCUGUAGAGCUGACGGGCGGUGGCUCGCGGCCGGUGCCCCGCGCGGCGGAACCUUUCCGAGGAAAACCGAACUUACUUCGGUAACUGACGAACUGCUCUCUGGUUCCUCGGAGCGCCGGAGCUGGGUCCCAGACCGGGUCAGAGACCGGGUCUGGGUUCCUCUGACCGUCCGUUCAACUCCACAAACAAUCCGUGUCAGAAGUAAAAAAUACCUGACGUCCUGUGGGAUCCUGAUGACCCGCACCCCCCCCCUGCUGGGUGUAGCUGUGCCGGGUCGGGCCACGGUUCUGCCGACACGCAGCUUCUUCAACCUGACGGACUCCUUUUCCAAGAGGAGGGAGUACUCUGAGAGACGCAUCAUUGGGUAUUCCAUGCAGGAGAUUUAUGAGGUGGUGGCCGGCGUGGAAAACUACCGCCUCUUUGUCCCCUGGUGCACAAAGUCCGAGGUGGUGUUCAGUCGCUCCGGGUUCUGCAAGGCCAAACUGACGGUGGGCUUCCCCCCCGUGGUGGAGAACUACACCUCCCUUGUCACGACUGUGCGCCCCCACCUGGUGAAGGCUUCCUGUUCGGAGGGGAAGCUCUUCAACCACUUGGAGACGGUUUGGCGCUUUAGCCCGGGCCUUCCUGGUUACCCCAGAACCUGCACGGUGGAUUUCUCAAUCUCCUUCGAGUUUCGUUCGCUCCUGCAUUCCCAGCUGGCGCACGUUUUCUUCGAUGAGGUGGUGAAGCAGAUGGUUUCUGCGUUCGAGCGCCGCGCCUCCAAGAUCCACGGCGCCGAGACGGCCAUCCCGCGAGAACUCAUGUUCCACGAGGUCCACCACACGUAGCAACCACCUGCGGGCCCCCAAACGCUGCGCCAAAGAGCGGGCUCCUCCCAUAUCGCAGUGCCUUCCCCCCCUGAGAGCAGCAGGUCCUCUAUGCUGAACCCAGCACCGGUUCUGGGCCCCUGGUUCUGGAAACAUGGCCCCCCACAGAUGCAGCUGUGUGGCUGGAAGCAGCAGAUGUUUGACAAUCAGCAACCAUCUUCUGCUUCCAGCUCGUCUGACUGGGGGGUCCAGACACUGUGUCAUGGUUCAGGGACAAUCAGUUCUUUAGAGAGGCUGCAGUGCAUUGUGGGAAACGAGGAGGGUAUUUUUCAUGUCAUCAAAUACUUCCCAAUAAGUGUAGAACCCUCACCCUGCCCCCCCACAUGGAAACACAUGUUCUAGAUGCUGACGACCCAGAGAUGCAUCCCAUGGGAGGGAGGGAGACGGCAGCUGCUCAGACACCCCUGAUGUUUGGUCAGUGGGGGCGGGGAUAAUCCUGAGCCAAGUCAUAAUAAGCAUCCAGAACCACAAACCCAAUCAGAACCGGCCUUCCCGGCACUUAGUGUCCAAACGAGGAGCGCCGGUUCCUGAGGACCUUCUUCUGAGCCCAAAGUGCCUCCAGGCCUCCUGGCAGCGUAUUUAUGUCGUUUUACAGAAACACGGCGUCUGUAUUUAUUGAGUCUACACCCCCACCCCACCCCACCCCCAGCACUAGUUUCUCUGUUUGUGGCAGCAUGAAGGUCCAGAGGCUGAAGAAGCUGCAGACGCUUCACUGUAGGCUGCUGUGUGUGUGUGUGUGUCUGUGUGUUUUUGUGUGUGUGUGAGAUGUGGAAGAUGUCUGCAGUAACACAUGUACUGACUGCAUCAUGUAUAAAAGUAUUUUUUUUUCUAAGAAA